AUGAGUGAGGCCGGGCCGUUCGACAUUCUUUUUGACUCGGCCGCACGCAAUGACUAUCUUCGAAGAAACAAAUCAGUCGUAUGCGCGAUCUCUGCGAGCUACGUCUCGACGUUUGCAGGCUAUCCACUGGACUCCAUCAAGUCGAGGCUGCAGACCACGCGCAACAAGGUCACGGUCCCGAGGCUCGCGCUGCAGGUGUACCGGGAGGAGGGUGUGGUCGGCUUCUACCGCGGGCUGUGGAUCCCGCUCAUGACCAUUUCGUUCGUUCGCGCCGCGUCGUUCACUAUUUAUACGCGCACGAAGGAGUUCUGUCGGUAUCACAACUGCUUCACGCGGAAUAAUAUACUCGAUGUCUCUGCGGCGGGAGGGUUGGGCGGUGCAUUGUCAGGAUCCCUCAUCUCGGUGGGCAGUACCCCAUUCGAGCUAGUGAAGGUCCGGCGGCAACUUGAGUACUCCAUUGCGGAAAGCAAGGGACAGCGGAUAGUCAAGCCGCCAGGUACUUUGCAAGCUGUGCGAGAAAUAUAUCGCUCGGGUGGUGUCCGUGCCUUGUAUACAGGGUUCCGCCUACAUUGCUUACGAGAUACCUUAGGGACAGCCCUGUACUUCUUCGAGUACGACGGAUUGCGGCAUAUUAUGGGCCGCGCCCCUUCGGGAGAGCAAGGACCGACGCCAUCAUGGAUGCCACUCUAUAGCUCCUUAGUGCCGUUCAUGUGCGGUUCUCUUGCGGGUGUGUCAUCAUGGGCACUUAUUUAUCCUCUCGACGUGGUAAAGACAAAGGUGCAGCAGCGUGCCCUUGCUGGAUCGCCUCCGCGGCCCCUCGCAGUAACCAUACACCGUCUCAUCAGAGGACCAGAUCCCGACGCGCCAAAACCCAUACUGGUCGGCCUCGCCCGAAUAUACCGCGGCCUUGGAGUCAGCGCGUUACGCAGCGUAACGACACAUGGUCUCCUCUGGACUCUGUUUGAUGUCACUGCCUCGUACAUCGACAACCUGCCUAGCUCCAGGCACGAGCGUGAGUAGUCGGUGGCUCGGUGGCUCGGUAUCGGCGACACAUUCCGAGUCAUUCGUUGCCAGCGGCUCGCUUACGCACAAAGUAAUAUAUUUGCCAACUCUAGUGUAUCUUCUCGCAAUGCUGUCAGCUAUUAUUGUGCAACCAACCAAUCCUGUCAUAGAUUACGAGCGCGUAAACAAUGCAUAACGCCCUGCUCCGUAUAU